GCACGUUCUUCUUCGUUGAAAGUUCCUGUAGGUGGCUUUUCUGUUUCAAGUGAGGCGAGAGAGGCAACUCCUUCGCCAUCCCGGCUCAUACGUAACACAGUGGCAGUUAGCAAACCCUGGCCCCCCUCAACCCAGCGAACCGUGACUUUUCCGUUUCGACUUUCUUUUCUUUCUUCGUGGAAAGUCGGUAUGUUCUUUCGGAAAAGUGCCGCCGUCUGUCUGAGUUGACCAAAUUGUGGUAUGGAGUUUGUCUCUGACGAUCUUCCGCUUCCGGCGGUGAAAUGUGAGGCGAGACACAGAAGCCAGCAACGUUACAAGGCUGACCCACCCGGCAGCAUUGCGUGAGAUUCGCAUGUAUUGGGUCCACAAAAGACUGUGCGCUCCUCUCUGCGUAGUGACUUCGCAUCAUAAUCUUGCCUCAUUCACUGUUAACGAAAGAAGGGCUUAGGCGUUUCGUGGUCACAGACAGUGCUCUUGUAAAGAAUGAGGGCGAUGUAAGAUUCUGACGAUCCUGUGGCGGGAGUGUCAUCCAGGCCCCCUAUAUUUUCAUGCAAGGAAGGGUAAAGGUACUCUGCACAUGUCAUUCGAAUGGUCGUCGCUUCGCUCCUCUGAGUUCUGGAGUUCUCCGGUCCACUCGGCUUUCAGGUUUCUGCCCAUCUCGAGUACUGAAGCGACGCUGGCAUCUUCAUUCAGAACUCUGUUUGCAGGCCACAUAAAGAAAAUAUGGCCGACUGUCAAACGCGAUUCCGGAUGGUCCGCGUGCCUCUUUUCGGAGGGGCUAUGGCUUGUGACCUACCAGACACUUUCAAGGAUGUUAGCACCAUCCGUCAAGUGCCUGACAACCAAGAAGUUUUCAUGGAUAUGAGCAGCGAGAGAAGUGUCGUUAUCGAGAUCGUUGAAUAUCAGGAAACUGUUUCGGACGGCGACGCAGCCAGAUUUUUUUUCUGUGACCUGGCGAAGGAGAAUGGCGCUACAGAGGUCCAGCGAACAAGCAGCUUCAUCUGGAAGGACGAACCACAAAUUCCCGUCUCAAAACAGUUUGUGGUCAUCGUGACAGGGGGUGUUCAACAACUUUGUCAGAACGACCCGAAACGAAUCCCGGUGCAAUUGGGUAUCAUCCGGCUUCCAGGCCACAAUGCAGAAAUCCUCAUUUCUUUGUAUGGCGAGCCAUGCGACGGCGAACAAGACGCGUCCAAAGUCGAGAAUGAAGAUAGUGUGUUGUUCAAUCGGCUCAUCGGCACCUUUGUCAUCACUCAUUUUUCUCUUUUUGAAUGAAUGCUGGCAACACCCUGCAGGAAAGGAAUUCUCAUCGUUAUUCAGGAACGCUAUAGUGUCGCUAAUGGAGCGAAUGUUUCUCUUUGACGGUUCGCAGUGUAGGGCUUCCUCGCAAACCGCAGCGGCGAUCAAACAACAAUUAGGGUGCGUACGGAAACUCGACGUGUGCACUUGGCAGAAUAAGAAGUUUUUGCCAAGAGGACCACUGUAUGUACCCUUCGCACACCUUGGCAGACCGCGAAAGGCUGCAGACGUUUGCGGGAUCUAACAAGGGCACAUUUAAGGUUACUUUUGCCGUUCACUUUAUUUUCUUACAUGAGACGAGUAUGGACACUGGUGCACCUGGACGGUGCUGAGUAUGUAUUCGAAUGCCGAACGCCUUGCUCGUCAUACGCGUGAGUGGAUCAUAACCUGGAGUAAAUGCUGAUACAAGUGAGAGCAUGUGUCGAACGAAAAUUAGUGUUCACGCUGAUUUCGAUGAACGAAUCGAAAUGUUGCGCGAG